GUCUUCGGCGGGGCGGGGAGGACGCUGUGUAGGCGGCCGUGGCCCUGAGCUGCGUUUUGCGGGGGUUCCCACCUGCUAGGCGGCCUGGGGCGCUCCCAGCACGGCGCAGCCAGGUGUGCAAGCAGAGGCAGCAGCGCUCUGCGCACGGCUGGUGCUGCUGCGACGCGGAGGUGAGCUGUAGGGCUCCUGCCCGAGCCCCGAGCCCUGCCUCGGCUGCACGGAGGUCGUUGCUGUGAGGUGGGGGAGUACGGAAAUGCCCUAUCAGGGAAUUCACCUCUCGCCCAGAUACAGCCUAGCUGCGGUGUUUGGAGCCGCAGCCCACCCGUCUGUGUAGCUGUUCACUGAUGUACUGAGUAGGAGGAAAUCAUCAGCCUCUUGUGGAGAACAGGCCGUGUCCAAUACCCACAGUGUGCUCACUGGGAGAUUCUGCCUGUGAAGGAGGCAAGGAACAAAUCAUGGAGGAGGUUGCCAGACAAAGUGGGGGGUCCUCUCAAGCGAUCAGAGCCCCCUCUGCUGCUUCUGCAAAGAUAAUCUCCAUGCCCACCUCACGUGUCCCGUGUUGUCACACAGCCAGUAAAGCUCUCUGUGGCUCUGUGCUGCCAAGAUGUCCAUUAACACACUUUCCUGUUUGCGCAUGGAACCCAGAUUCCGUUUGUAUGCCCUUGAUAUCCUCAGCGAGAAGGACUUUCAUUCACUCAUCCCCAGAGGCCUCCAGUUUCAUAAGGGGGGCUCGUGUGUUGGCAAGGAGGGAAGCUGAUGGCUAUUACUACCUGGGCCACAUCGCACAAGAAGUGAAGGGCUCCAGGGAACGUUUUUUAAUUGAAUUUGACAAAAGUUGCACGCUGAAAGGCAAGGUGCAGUUUCGUAUGCAGGAAACACCUCUCUACGACAUUCUCCACUACGAAGACGCCUCGCAGCGGUCCCUCGCUCCAGGAGACAGAGUCUUGGCCCCAUGGGAGGCUAACGCUGAACGCUUUGGCCCGGGCACUGUGCUCAAGGUGAUGGAGAACAAAAAGACACCUUUAGCACACAAUAGAAAGGGAGUGCUUGUGAAUUUCUGGAAUGGGCAAACUAAGGAGGUAUCUUCUGACCAAGCUCUAUGGAUCCCUCUGCCUUUAAGCGAGCGCAUCAUCCUAGAACUGCAGAUGCCAUUGGCAGCCAGGCAGAUGGUGGUGGAGUCAAGCUUGGACUACCCAUACAUUGUAACACCAGGUUACAGAGCUUCAGGCUAUUACAGAUGGGGCCGCUCAGGGCUGGACUGCUGGCCAGGGGGGCUGUGUUCAGUUCAGCCAUGCACUAAGUGCAGCUGUAGGUAUACCUUAGUUCCCCACUGCUGCCUUGCAGCCUGCAAAAGCCCACAGCCUACAGAGCACCAAGUGCAGCAAGAUAAUUCCUUCAUCCCAGGAACGUGCUUGAGUAAAGAAGAACUCAGCAAGAAAAUAGAAGAGCAACUGUCUGAAGUGAGGAUUUCCCCUUCAGGAGGUGUUUCCAGAGAGGAAGAGGAAAAUGAAGAGAAGAGCUUGAUGACAGAAAAUCUUCCAAAAGAUGCUCAGUCUUGCUUGGAAGAGGACAGUGAGCUCUUAGGUCCUAAGAAGAGUCCUCAGAGGGAGAUGGCUCAUGCUACAAUGGUUGAUACUGCUGUCAACACAGACAGCUGGUUGAUGGAGUCAGUCCACAAGGAAGAAGCGGGCAGCAGACAGCAGGAUGCUGGAACUGAGGCUCGUUUUGAACACAAACAUGGUCUUUGUGAGUCCAGAGUGGCAGAUGCUCCAAUUCAACCUUCCCAAAAGAGCACUUCUGUGGGAGCCAGUGCCUUGUGUCCUUUCCAGCGACAAAGCUUCUUUGAUCAAGUGCAUCAGUCACUAAAGAAAGACAGCCUGGCCAUCGAAUCAGCCCUGCGUGUACAGAGACCACGCAGUACCUCCAGUGCACAAACUGGGAGAUUUACAAAUCUAAAUCUUCUAAAAGACAAAAGCAUUUCAAAAUCAGUGCGUAACAGUGCAUCUCAGGAGAGAUGGAAAGAGGUGGACCUCAACAAGGCCAAGAUUGAGCACAAAAGGCGCCAAGAGGAAGAGAGGCAGUUGAAGAGGCAGCAGCAGCGAGAGGCAGAUGCUGUCCAAUGUCAGCUGCGCAGGAACAACCAGAGGCAGCGAUUGUAUCAGAGAACGUUGCAAGGAUUGGAGAAAAAGCUGGAGCACAAAAACAGAGCUUUGCAGCACGUGGCAUUGCUGCAAACUGCUCGAUCAGAGAGGAGCAAGAAGGAGUCCUUCUUGUCAGAGGAGGAGAACAGAAAGUUAAGUCAGAGGCUGCAGUUCCUACAUACACAGCGACUGAAGAGAGAGAAUCUUCUUGCAGAACUCAGUGAAAGGAGCUUUGAACGAGAGAAAGAAAGGCUGAAUUUUCUGAGGAGCAGAAUGCAGUCACGGCAGGCAGUGCUGACACAAGACUCAGAGGAGCAGGACAGGCAACAAAAGCAGCGCCAGGCUGCCAAAAGGAAAGUGUUCCAGAACAGAGACCAUUUACAUGAGAAGAUGGAAAAAGAAGCCCAAAGACACUGUGACCUCCAGCAAUACCUCAGGGAACAGAAUCUUUUGAUGCUCCGAGCAUUACUACUAGAGUAAGGAAACUGCAGAGUGGGAUAGGAAAAGUAAGGCACACCAAGAGACACUGUUACAGAACAUUAAGGAGAGAUGAGAUGGGUUUAAUGCAUUGUGCUCUGAUUAGUAGUGCCUUCAUUCACAAAAGUGAUGAGGAAGUUAUGGUUGUCACCAUUGUAUGGGCACUGCUGAAGCACGGCCUGAACCUCUGAUUGACCACCUGAGGUGAGUGCUGAGUCAGCCGCAGGGGCACAGGUGAAUGCAAUUUCACCUGAGUGACCGGAAGGGGUGGAGCCUGGCUGCACCCCUCCUAGACCCCAUUUAAGGGCUGAGUCCCAGGGAGGAAGGUUCUCUAUCUGGAGAUCACUCCUCUUGGAGCCCUUCUGCGAGCCCAGGACACCUUCUGUGAGCCCAGGGUAAGCUCUUCAUUUCAUUACUCUUUUGUAAACGCAAUAAUCUCUCUGGUCCUAUACCUAUUUACCUUACAAUCUGUAUACCUGUUUGCCAUACACGCCAUAUAGAAUGCAGGUAUCAAAUACAGGUGUCAAGGAAUGCCAUUAUCAUCAGCUUUGGGUGUUUAGGAAAUGAGAAUGGCCAUGGCACAGUUUGCUGGGGCACUCAGAACUAUAUUGAAGGGACUUCUUAUUUUUCGUAAGAGUGUGCUAAGAUAUAAAAUGAUGGAAAUAAAAUACGUGAGAUACCUUGUUUUAUGUAAUAAAACCAGAGCCAAACUGGAUACAAAACUUGCUGCAGCCUGAUACUGUGUCCACUUGGAAACAUGUAACACACUUCCUGGAAUAUCACUCAGCAAAGAUCGCAGGUAUUAUAAACAUUCAUCCCAGCUACAGGAAUACAUUUCCAGUUAUAGUGGUUUCUAAAAAUAAAAAGGUUAAGAAGUC